CGACCCGGCCCGCGGAGCCGGCGCCAGCGGGCUGCUGAGGUGGCUGUCGCCGGCUCGGAGCUGCGGCUUCCCCGGGCCGAGCCCCCGAUGGAGGCCGAGGCCGCGGAUGGCCCCCCGGGCGGGGUCGAGGCGGCGCUCAGCUGCUUCUCUUUCAACCAGGACUGCACAUCCCUAGCAAUUGGAACCAAAGCCGGUUAUAAGCUGUUUUCUUUGAGUUCUGUGGAGCAACUGGACCAAGUCCAUGGAAGCAACGAAAUCCCGGAUGUCUACAUCGUGGAGCGCCUCUUCUCCAGCAGCCUGGUCGUGGUGGUCAGUCACACAAAGCCGCGGCAGAUGAACGUCUAUCACUUCAAGAAAGGCACGGAGAUCUGUAAUUACAACUAUUCCAGCAACAUCUUGUCCAUAAGGCUGAACCGGCAGAGGCUGCUGGUGUGCCUGGAGGAGGCCAUCUACAUCCACAACAUCAAAGACAUGAAGCUCUUGAAGACCAUCCUGGAUAUUCCUGCCAACCCAGCAGGUCUCUGUGCCCUCUCUAUCAACCAUUCCAAUUCUUACGUGGCCUAUCCUGGAAGCCUGACCACAGGCGAGAUUGUGCUUUACGACGGACACUCCCUGAAAACGGUCUGCACGAUUGCUGCCCACGAGGGGACGCUGGCCGCCAUCACCUUCAAUGCCUCGGGCUCCAAACUAGCGAGCGCAUCUGAAAAAGGCACCGUCAUCCGGGUGUUCUCUGUACCCGACGGGCGAAAGCUCUACGAGUUUCGGAGAGGAAUGAAAAGGUACGUGACAAUCAGCUCCCUAGUUUUUAGUAUGGACUCGCAGUUCCUCUGCGCCUCAAGCAACACCGAGACCGUGCACAUCUUCAAGCUGGAGCACCUCACCAACAGCCGACCCGAGGAGCCCUCCACCUGGACUGGUUACAUGGGAAAGAUGUUCAUGGCCGCUUCCAACUACCUCCCCGCCCAGGUGUCCGACAUGAUGAACCAGGACAGGGCCUUUGCCACCGGGCGCUUGCCCUUCUCUGGGCAGAGGAACAUCUGCACCCUCUCCACGAUCCAGAAACUGCCAAGACUCCUGGUGGCGUCUUCCGAUGGACACCUUUACAUCUACAAUUUGGACCCUCAGGACGGAGGAGAAUGUGUCCUAAUCAAGACCCACAGCUUGCUUAGCUCAGGAACAACAGAAGAAAACAAAGACAAUGACCUCAGACCUCCAUUACCUCAGUCUUAUGCAGCGACCGUGGCCAGACCAAGCACGUCUUCUGCCUCUACCGUGCCAGGUUAUUCUGAGGACGGCGGGGCCCUCCGAGGAGAGGUUAUUCCUGAACAUGAGUUUGCGACGGGACCAGUAUGCCUUGACGACGAGAAUGAAUUUCCCCCUGCUCCUAAGGAUGUUCUUGUGGAAUCCUGCCACCUUUUUGCUAACGACGAUGCUCUAGCGGGGCUGGGCUGCCGCUCUCUGCAAGCCAGCCGGACCCUCACCCUCCUCCCGGCUCUGAUUAUCUUGUGCCGUGGAAGUCAGAAGGGCAAAACGAAGCAGUCAUGAUGAGAAGCACACCUCAGAAAGCAGGACACCCCCUGUCAGGUGGUUGUGGAGAAAACAAGGAAGGUGGAAGAAUGGAGUACAAUUGUGUGCGCAGAAAGGGGGGCUGGAAUCCCAGGUGCCACCUGCUUAAGCCACGGGACGCGGUCCACUGCUCACCAAACUCUCCUCCGCCCCGGUUGCCAGCAGGCGUGGGAGAGACUAUAUGAAAUAUGUUACAGCCAUCGCGUCGAUGCUCACUAACCACGUUGGUCUGUAGCCGGAACUUUAUAUGAACAAGGGCAUCCUUUUUAAAUGUAUGCCAUGUAAAAAUGUACGUAUAGGAAAACCUCUUUGAAUUGUAUUUCUUGUAUAUGGCAUAUAGAGAGACUGCUUUUAGCCAGGCAAAGUAUUUUUGCAGUGAUUGGAAUGAAUCAUUUAUUACCUUGGAGUCCCAUUUAGGACACUUAUAAUAAAAUCAUGGCAAUGUGU